GUUCCCGCCAUCUCCUUGGCCUACGAGGCGGCCGAGAGCGACAUCAUGAAACGGCAACCGCGGAACCCGCGGAGCGACAAGCUGGUCAACGAGCGGCUCAUCAGCAUGGCCUACGGCCAGAUCGGUCAGUGGUCACUCAUGACGUACGAGCAGCGCAAGGUGGUGGAGUUCACGUGCCACACGGCGUUCUUCGUCAGCAUCGUGGUGGUGCAGUGGGCCGACCUCAUCAUCUGCAAGACGCGGCGCAACUCCGUCUUCCAGCAGGGCAUGAAGAACAAAAUCCUGAUUUUCGGGCUCUUCGAGGAGACGGCGCUGGCCGCGUUCCUCUCCUACUGCCCCGGCAUGGACGUGGCGCUGCGCAUGUACCCCCUCAAGUGA